AUGGACAAAUAUCUGGAUGGUUUACGGAGUAUGCGUUUGUAUCGCCAAGCUAAUACAUUGCCUACUACUUCCGGGCCACAGCAAUUUACGCUGGAAAAUGUUGCAAGUUAUACUAUGGAAUUAGACAUUGGAGAUAGGCGUGGAUUUAGUACUUUCACUUUACGCGGAGUCCCUGUUUUCCUUGUCGAUGCAUUCAAUUUCCUUCGUCUUAACGGUCUCGAUGCUAGUGGUAUUUUUCGGAAAGAAGGGAAUAUUAGCCGACUUAAAUCUUUUUCGAUGCAAACAUUUUUUGGUAGCAUAAUUUUACCGGAAGAUUGUACCACGCAUGAUGUGUGUUCACUCAUUAAACGAUUUUUUCGAGAAUUAAAGAUACCUCUCUUUGCUCAGAUGCAAAGACAACUGCUGGAUGCUGUAUCAAUUUAUGAUGGAGUUCGGCGUAUCGACAAACUUCUGGAGAUUGUAAGAAUGUUGCCUACGGAACAUCUGGCAACAUUAACUUUUUUGAUGCGACAACUUAAAUAUUUUGGAGAUCGACAUGAGGGUCAUCAAAUGACUGUUGAAAAUAUUGCGCGCGUUUUUGCACCAUCCCUUUUCCGAGACGAUCCACCACUUUCAUCCAAUAAAAGAAAGAGAGGAUCUCAAGAAGAUUUGAUUUCGAAUGUACGAAAUGAAAAUGAGCUUCGCAUUGCAAUUAUCAUUGAUCUGAUUGAUAAUGCACAUAAAAUUGGUGUGCCACGUGACUACUAUUUGGCAUCACGUCGUCCUUCCGAUGUUUCGCAAAAAAUUUUUAAAGGAAAAUUCAUGGGAUACGUUGGAAUGCGCAGUGUUUCUGCCAAGCCAUCAUCCAGAAAUACAGCUUCUACUGCAUCAGUUAAGCAGAAAACUGAAACCCGAAAGGAAAAAAAGCUAGAGAAACAACCAUCAGGGAAGUUUGCUGAACGGUACAAGAACAAAACACCACACGAACGGCGUUCAUCAUCUACAGUUCGUGACUUUUUCUCAAAUAUUUCAAAUAAAGUUUUACGCCGUGGGCUGUCUCCAGUUGCAUCAACACGACGGCGUUGUUCAGCAGGCGAUAUAACUGAUGAUGAAUCUCUGAGAGGAAAUAUGACUGGACUGAAUGAUACGACGCCCAAAUUUUGUGUUCGUAACUAUGCUGACACUUGCGAUGCUGCUCAACAUGCUUCCAGAAUGAGAUUUGAAAAUAAAGAAUUACUAUCGGAAAGUAGCGAAUUAAGCAUGAAUGUGAAAUCACCAUCGAUUAUCUCUUCCCCUCAAAAAAUAGUUGGGCAACUUUCGCAGACGACUUUGGUGGAAGCUAAUGAUUGUGCUGUAUCGAGUAGAAAAAAUGAUGCGGUUUCAAUUCCGACAAAAAGUUCGAGACAUCGCUCACGUCGUGAAUCACCACGCAAAUCCAACACAAAUUCACGAAGCAAAGCGAUGGAGAAAUACAAAGUUAUCAAAGAGCUGAACGAGGCUAAUAUGAUGCCUGCUUCACCCGCUUUUGAACCUAUCGAAAUGACGACCAAAAAUAUCGGUGAAGCAUUUUUGAAGUAUAAAGACUCGGAUGAAAAAUUGGCAGUAUCAACGAUUAUCAAGCGAAAUUCUUCCAAGAAGCUAAUUCAGUCAGUUAAGAUUGCUGAUUCAGCUCAAUCAUUCCUAGAAGGUUAUUCGGCUGGUAGAGUUAUAGAUCGUAUUCACCGUCGCCAUACCGCACCCGUAAAAACUAGUACACUUUUGAAACGUAAUCAGCCAAAUAGCGUGACUACGGGUUUGAAAACUCCACAGUCUCGUGCACGAGAAAGAUAUUCGACAACGUUGAGUUUACGUUUAAAUGGAAUGGAUAAAGAUUCGGGGCAAAUUCUGGAAAAAAAAAAGCGUCGAAGCGAAAGUUUAAGCGGUGAUUCAAAUGACAAAGUUUCCGUUAACGAUAUUGAGGAUAAGACCACAGGAAUCCAAGGAACCCAAGCUUUUAGUGCAGAAGCACUUUUGGAACAGAAAUGUAUGGAAUCACGACAGCGACGAGCUAAACGACAGAAACGACGAGAAAUGAAUGACUCUGUACAAACGAUAUCAGUGCAAUGUACUGCUGAAUCGACUCCAAUAACUUCACUUCUGGACGAUGUAACGAAUGAAAUAAAUCGUUUAGAAAGAGAUCGUAAAAUUGCAAACAAGCUGCUUAGAGAUGAGGGGAAUUCAGUGUUAUUUUUGGAUACCAUGGGGGAAGGUCGCGAUUUGGAUUCAAUUUCUACAAAAGAAGAUAUACCUCCACCAUCUCUUCCAUCAGUUUCUUCACCAACGAAUAACUCAUCUGUGUCUGCAAUCUCUUCUGUAGUGAGAGAUAAUCGUGCAAGGCAAUCUUCACCAGAUUUUUCGAAACAUUCACUUUAUUCACCACCAGUCAACACCAGUGUCCAGUCUGCUACUUUAUUUAUUAAUUCAUCAUCUACUACCACACCUGCUUGCAACAAAACACUACAUGUGGAACCACUGAAACAUAUAUCGAAUCAACGAAGUGUCGAUUCAGCUCACGGUGGUGAGGAUGCUCGAGAAAAUAGCAUAGAAGGCAGUAGUCGACCAAGUGAUUUCGAAGAGGAUUUUUCAAAGUCUGAUGCCAUCAAAAUGCAGCUUUUAAAUGCAAGAAGUGAAGAUGAUAUACUAGCAGGUCCUGCGUAUAUGCCAUCAGGAUUACGACCCAGUGUCUUAUCUAUAAAAUCCAAUAAUCGUGGUAUGGUGAGACAACGCGUCAGUCAUUUCGCUCGGUUGGAAACACAAAAAACUAUUCCAGAACAGGGUUUCAAAACAGGACGUCACUGGCAAGAUGGUAAAUAUGCAUCCUCCUCUUUUCAGAAACUUUCUGCUCCUCCCGCGUCACAUGGUCUACAACCGAUUGCUGGAAGGAAUGUGUCUCCACCUUCGCGAAAGAUUGUAAUGAGGCGAGCUAAGAAAUUUGAAGCAUUAGCGACAUCGGUCGGUGUGGAAGUGUGCAAGAAUUUUCGUCCCGCAACACGCAACAGACUCGCAAAAAUCCAAAAGCAAAACAUUUCGAAGACACCUCGUCGUUUGAGUGGAGAAAUGCGAGUUAUGCGACGUUCUCAAGCUAGGCUUGAUAAAUCUCUUGAGAAACUUGCAGUCAGUCUUAGUAAUGGUCGUUUAGUGGGGAGAUCUCCAAGCCAGUUUAGCUGCAACAAGCUUCAUUAUUUAAACGGAAGCAGAUCAGAAGAACGACGACAAAGAGUUGAACGGUCAUUCGUUCGAACAUCAUGUCAUGGUGACUCGGGAUAUGUGAACCCAUCGAUAAUGCCACAUUCUACGGAUUUGAAAAUAAUACUAGAAAGAGAAGAAUAA